AAACUUUGCACUAUAGCUGAAUUUGAAAUUGCUCGUAAAUCAUCAAGGAGAUAUAAGAAUAAAUUGUAGGGACGAUUAAGCGGUUAUUAUUAUAUCAGUACACAAAUUUUUAAAACAUUGCGCGCUAUUCCGUGCACUACUGGAAAAAUAUCAUUGUCGCCACCUAGCCGUAAAGCGUGAAAUUAUUGAAACUGACAAUUAUGUUCCUUUGUAACAUAAAACUUCUGCGGGCAUAGAGAAAUAUUUUUACAGUGAGUCUAAAACAUUAUAACCGAAAAUUUAAAAAAUUUCGGAAAAUCAUCAUAAUCCGAUUCUGGCUAAAUUUUACAAAAAAGCUUUUUUUCAAAAGAAAACAUCUGUAAGAGUAGAUUUUUCAACUUUGACGGGUCGGUUUCCCGAAGAACGGCCAAUAAAUUGAAAAAAUCAAUAUUUCAUAAGGAAAUAUAUUUUAAAUUUAUUUUCAUUGUUUUCUGCUUUGUAUCACUAGUUUCCGGUCAGUGAUACUAUUUUCGCGCGAAAAUAUAAAUUUUAAAAUACACGUAAAAAUGAGGGUUUCAAAACGCUUUCAACUUGUUAAACUAAUUACUUUACAAUCGAUUAUUAUCGUACAUAUAUGAUAUCACUGUAAUGUCUCUAUUAUAGAUGUAAAUUUCGAUGUAAAAUUUUAAGUAUAUAAGACACUAAAUUACAUUCUGUUGUUUCUAAUAUUGUGUCUAAAACGUGAAGUACACAGUAUAAGAGUUUACUUUUGAAAGUAGCAUAUGCUUAUGAGAAUUUGAUUAAUCGAUUUCGAAAAUACCUUUUGUAAAUUAAGCAUUAGGUGGUAGAGACCUAUUCCCUUGGUUUGCAUUAUUUCCAGGAAAGUUGGAUUUGCAUUUGAGUAUACUUUAUUCUGACAUUUCUAUGGUCACAAACAAAGAAACAUACUGCCAUCUGUCGUUUGUCAUUGUGACUUAAUAGAUUUAAACUGUGUUUAUUUUUUUUAUUUUGAAUCGCGUGAUAUGAAUAGAUUUAAAAAUUCCUAAGGAACUGUCAAAUCAAAUUUAACUGUCAGAAGUACAGUUUCACAAAUGUGUUUUGAUAUAGUAUAACUGUUUUUCUAUCGAUGUAAUCGCUUUAAUCUUACAUAUACACGAUGUGUAUCUAGUACACAUACAUGUGUGUGUAAAUAUAUAGAGUUAAAUACAGACGUGUACGUAUACACUGUGAAACGAACUUAUAACUUAAUGAUUUAUUACAUUUUGAAACAAUGAAAGGAUGCCAUGGAUGAACACAACAAUGAUCCAUAUGAGCAACAGCUUUACGCUGUGUUUCAAAGUUGUUUAACAAAAGGAGAAACUGAACUACAAGAAGAUAACUGGCUUAAUUUAUGCCAUAAAUUACAUCUUACUGAGCAAAGUGAUGAAUUAAAAUCAUGCAUUCAACAGCAAAAAAAAGAAAAGCAAUCUAUAUCAUUCCAAGAAUUUAGAACUGCUUUGUUAAUGUUAUUAGGCAAAACUCAAGAAAAAGAUGCUGUAACAGAAUUGCAAUGUGACUUAAGUUCACAUGCUAUAGAUAAUAAAAGAAGUAGUUUAUUGCUACCUAGUAACUUUAAAUCUAAUGUAGAUUUUUUAAAUAUAAAAGCAGGUGUAACUGUAGAUGAAAAUAGAUUAAAAUGUUUAUGGGAAAAAGUAAACAUCUGUUUAAAAGAAAAUGUAGAUUCUGCUACAAUAUAUUUUAUAUCUAAUUGUUUAGGAAUCCCAGCUCUUCCAAAACAGAUUAUACAGUGCAUUUUUGAAAGGCUUGAUCAGAAUUGUGAUGGGCUAAUCAGUUUGGAAGAAUUUUUUGUUAUAUUUCAAAGUAGAACACCCAUAGAAGAUCAGUUAACAUUAGAAUCCACCAAGAAUAAUGAAUCCACAAAGGAAUUAACCAAAUUGAACAUUAGAAAACGUAACUUCGAUGUACAUACAUCUCGUAAAACUAGCUUUACAAGGAAUAGUACUUUUCUGGAUACGUGGAAACUUUCUAAUAUUGCAAAUACGUCCUUGUUAACGGAUGGAGGUCUUAAAACAUCUGAAAUUUCUUUAGCUGAUUUGACAGCUACUCUGUGCGAUGAAUUGAAAAACUUCAAUGAAUCGUUAGAUCAUUCUACAAUUCGCUCUCAUAUAAUGUUAUUACGAGAUGUUCUUAUACUAUAUCAAGAAGAACUCCAUAAUCUAAACCUCGAAAUAGAAAAUAUUAGUGGUGAAAAGGAAAAGUUACGUACUGAUAUUAUAGAAGCUAAUGAGCGAGCAAAUACUCUUGCUCAAGAAAUUGAUGAACAACAUGCCCGUCAAGAAGAAAUUGUACAAAAUUUGCGAAAACAAAUUGAGCAGCGGCACACUGAAACUCUCCAGGAACUUUCCAAUCAACUUAGUUCUGAACGGGAGUUGAAUGCUAGUGCUUUGAAAUCGAAAGAUGAACAAAUACAAAUGCUCCAGAAAGAAAAUCAUGACAUAAGAAAUAAGUUUGUAAAUGGAUUACAGGAGAAUCAAGUUUUAGAAACUGAAAAUGAAAAUCUUCGUGAUCAAAUUGGAAAACUGAAACAAUCAAAUAACGAACUACUAACUCAGAUAAAAAUGUGGGCGGCAGAGCAUGACGAGUCGCAAAACGUAGAAGUUAAACAUCAACAAGAAGUUAUAUAUUUAGUUGAUCGUAUUAAGCAGUUGCAAACAGAAGCUGUUCUUUUACGAGAUCAAAAUGAUGAACUUACAGCAGAAUUAGAAAGUCUAAAACUGUAUGAUAAUCACACUAAAGAUAUAAGACAGGACAAUUCACUUGGCAGUCAAACAGCAAAAAACGUACAGACGGAUCAAACUGAAAAUAGUAAAGAAGCAUUCACAGUAGAUGAAGAUGAGUUAGAUGUAUUUUUAAAACAUUCCACCUCCAUAUCUUGUAAUUCCAAUGAAGGCGAUAAUAUACAAAAUUGUAAAAGGGUAGACUUGAAAAACUUUAAAGACAUUGUUAUAAAACAGUUAAAAAAUGUUUUAUUAAGUAACAACAAGUGCACUUUAGAGAACUGCUCACUUAGAAAUGAAAUAUCUGAAAUAGUUACAAGACUACAACCGAACGUAAGUUCCCCAGACAGUAAGGAAGUGGAUUUUGUAAAAAGUAUUGCAUCAGAAAUGGAAACCGAAUGUGAAGAACGAACAACUGAAUCGUUACGGGAUUUCGUUGUUCCUAAACAUAAAAACUCAAUUCCUACCAAACGAGCAAUAAUAUCCAACAAUAAUGAUAAUAAUUACGAUAUUGAUAAUCUUAAUAAUCGGGAUAUAAAAGGUUCAUCACAAAAUAAAGUUUCAAGUCUCAGAGAUUAUCCUCCGCGGAAAGAAGAAUGCAUAAAUGUGGAUCAUUCAAAGUCUAGUAAAGAAAAAGAUAUUCAGUGUACCAAAAUAUCAAAUGAAAGUGGUGGAAAAAUUAAUUCAAGUUUAACAAGAAAUGAAUCAUCUGAAGAUGUUGCCUUUUUAAAAUUGAAAUUGCAAGAACUGGAAGCAGCACAUGCAGCUGAAAAGAAGCAAUUAACUGAUCAGUGUGUAGAAUUAGAACGAAGUCUUGAAUUACUGAAAAUAGAAUAUGAAGAAUGUGAAGACUACUGGACGGUUAAAUUAGAAGAAGAAAGGCAAUUGUUUGAACAAGAACAAAAAAUUAGUGAUGAAAAGUUUUCAGAACUUAUAGCUAAAAUGGCAGAAUAUGAAGAAUUAAUUAGUCCAGUAGAUAAAGUGAAAAGUGGACGUUUGUCUCCAAUUGAGGAAAAGUUUAAUUUAGAGCAGCAAUAUUUAGAUCUCGAAGAAGAAUUUGAAAAAUGGAAAAGCCAGAUGGAAGAAGAAGUUUCUCAAAAAGAUAAAGAAAUUCAAAGUCUACAUGAAAAAGUAAAGUCUCUUGAACGACCGAUAAUGGUUGAUAUAUCUGUACAAGUUACAAAUGAAUUUACGUUUUCAUCUUUAUUGCCACGAUCGAAUUACGUUCCUAGUGAUUCAUUUAAUAUUCGACCGUAUAAUGAAUCAUCUUCAAAAUUAUCUCAAUGUACUGAUAAUAUUCAUAAGUUGCCUGAAGAAUUUAAAUGUAAUAGGAUUCUAGAAUCUUCAAAUUUAUCAAAUGACUUUAACCCGCGAUUAACGAAAGAAGAUAUGGAUGUUAGCAAUUGUGAUCCAUGUAAAAUGCAUACACAAUAUUCUGUGAAAAGCAUAAAUACUCCAUACAAAAUUGAAAAGCCUGAAUCGCAGUGGAAGUUAACAGAUGUUGACGGAAAAUUGGUAAAGGAAGAAAAUAUUUCUGACACGGAAUAUGAUAUAAUGCAAAAUACAUUGAAAUUACAAAAUGUAAAAGUUCCAAACUGUCAGUGCAUGAAAAAUGAUACACAAAUGUGUUGUGUAAAUGUAAAUAUAUUGCGCAAUUUAAGCAUGAAGCUUCAAGCAGAAGUACGUAAGAAACAUCAGCUUCAAGAAGGUUUAAAACAACAACAAUAUCAUACUGAACAUGUACUACAAUAUAUGAUGUCUCAACAUCAAGUAGAAGUAUCAGAGUUACAAUGUCUUCUUCGUAGUACCCAAGAAAGGCUUCAAUUAGAAUUUCAAACAAAUGCAGAACAGGCUGAAUUAUUAGCACGGACUGAUAUAUUAGUUAAAGAUUUAUAUAUAGAAAAUGCAUGUUUAGCAGCUAAUUUGAAACGUUUACAGCAGCAUUAUCAACUGCUGACAGGAUUGAAUACUGAAUCUACUUCAAUAUGAUAUUGCAAUCAAGACAGCUUUAUGAAUAAUACUAUGCGAAACUAAGGCUAUGACAUCCAUAUAAACGUUUAUCGAUGCACUGCUUCGAAGAUUCACUAGGAAAGCAACCUUCCAGUAGGUGUCCAAUUACGGAUACCUUUAUCAAAAAAACUAUAAAAUAUCAACAAAACAAAAGGAAAAAUAAACAAUUAUAUUGUUAAAACUAAUCAAAAGACGGCUGUGAAAAAUAAAUACUGAUAAAUAUUCAUACUAUCUGCCCAAAUCAAUCAACGUAACAAAGUGAUCAAUGCCCAAAUCCUUAAAACGAGGUUAGAAAAGCUUUUCAUGAAAAGUGACUUCGUCAAAACUUUACUAAAUACGAGUUUACGAUAAACGUCGGUAUGUGCUUAAAAAAAAAUAUUUCAGCGACGUUCAUCGAUAACAACAUCACAAAAAAGGUAUUUAAAUAUUAAAAUUGCAUUAUGUACUAAACAUUGCAAUGUUGCAAAUCGUCAUCGUUCAAAAGGUUUCGUUUAAAAACAAACUUUAUUCGUCAAAUAAACGUAAUAAGGGUGUGCGAAAGCCCGAACUUGGAGAUGUGGCAGAAGUUCGGUUCAAAUCGGACGACAUCAGGAAAAAUCUCGAAAUUCGAUUUGACCUUUCGACAUAUGUGUGUAGUUUGACUUCGGAUUUUCUUGACAAAAAUCGUUUGGUUCAUGGUUUUCAAACUUUUUAAUUCUUAAAUUUAGAGAUUUAGAUAAAUCCAAAUUCUAAAAUUCAAAAAUUUAAAGGU